AUGGUUGCUGACAAGAGCGCUCCAGUCAGCGACAUUGCCGCACAACCUCCCAAUGAUCUUUUGGCCCAGAUACGGCGUCUACUCGACAAUACAUCUGCUCAGUACACGUGUGCAGAGCAAGAACAUGGUAUCGUAUCUUGUCUACGGUUGGAUCACGAUGUCAUCCUAGCACUUGGAUCAGGAGCAGGAAAGUCCCUAGCGGCGAUAGUUCCCUCGCUCUACGAGGAUGCAAUCACGGUCAUCAUGGCCGCUUCAUAUGCUGUGCUUCAAGCAUGGACUGAGCGGUUGGACGCCACGGGCAUUGAUUAUGAUAUAUUCCUUCCAGGCAGCCAGGGGUGGCUGACAGGCUGUGCUAACAUUGUCCUCGUCUCCGUCGCGGUUGCGAAAGGGCGGCACUGGAAGGCAGCAAUUCAGAACCUCAUCCGGAAGGGUCGCGUCAUUUCCAGAGUAGUGCUGGACGAAGCGCACAUGGCCAUUACCUGCAACUUUUGGAAGUCGCUGCGGGACAUACACGAGAUCAGAUUCGUACCUUCUCAAGUGGUCCUUCUCACAUCGACGAUCCCACCCAAGACAGUGCCAUGGUUCUUCCGCCAAUUCGCUCUCAUCAGGCCGGUUGUCAUACGUGGCAGGACUGAACGAGACAACAUUGCCCACCUGAUAGACACCGCCGCCGGUGACCUGUCGGCGACUGCUCAACUUGUCCAGACCAGAGUUGUCUCUUUGAUGCGGCAGGCGAGAGACGACGAUCGAUAUAUCAUACUUGUGGCAACCGCGGAAGACGGGAUGCGGCUUGCUGAGUGUCUUCACUUGCAUUUUUACGACACAAGCACCGGUGCCACGACGCAUUCGGCGCCCCAGACGCUUCAGCGGGAUGGGUACGACCGAUGGGUCCGCGGGGAACGAAUCGGCAUCGUCACCAAUAAUGCACGAGGAUUGGUCAAGGAAUAUCCUCAUGUCAGGGUGGUCGCCCACAUUGGCACACCUCUGAGCGUCAUACACUAUCAAGAGGCGUGUGGAUCUGCCGGUCGUGAUGGGCGAAUCGCCUAUUUUGUUGUGUUCAGAAGCCCUCAGAUGCCACCUCUUCCCCGGUCACAGAGCAACCUGUGUCAGCUCUCUGGGUACUAUGUCAUCCGC